AUGUUAUCAAUGUAAAAUAUAGAAGACACAACGUCACUUAAUCGGAUGUCAAGUGAUGAAGAAGGUUAUUCAGAAAGCUCUUUAGAAAGUCCAUUAAUCAAUUAGAAAGUUCAAGAAAUUAAAUAACAAGUUUUUGAGUAAUGUGAAGUGGAGGUUCCUAUUACCUAAAUUCCCAUAGAGAUAUCUUUCAAUAGACAUAUAGAUUAAAGAAUUAAUGACACUGCUGUUUUACAACAUCAUGCAGAUGAAAUCACUUAAAAGAUAAUGAAAAAUGUUAAGGGUCCAUUUUAAAGAGAUUAUUUAAAAGAAAUAGUAUCUAAAUCAAAGAAAAGAUUUAAAGUGGAUGGUUUUAAUUUGGAUUUAACUUGUAAAUAAAUAAUAACUAAUCCAGAUAUUGAAGAUAAUUUAAUUGCUAUGGGUUUUCCUGCAGAGAAUUUUGAAGCUAUUUAUAGGAAUCCUAUGUCAGAAGUGUAAAAAUUCUUAAAUACACGUCAUCAUAAUAAUUAUAUGGUCAUUAAUUUGUAAAUUUAGAUUGCUACUUAGAUGUUCAGAAAGAAAAUAUAAGCAUGAAUAUUUUUAUAGAGUUGCAGAAUUUCCUUUUGAAGAUCAUUAAGCACCACCUUUUAAUUUAAUAGUAGAUUUCUGUACUAUUGUGCAUAAUUGGUUAUUAUCUAAUCCCAAAAAUGUUAUUGCAGUACAUUGUAAGGCUGGUAAGGGAAGAACAGGAAUGAUGAUUUGUUGUUAUUUACUAUAUAGUGGUAAGUACAUUUCAAGCCAAGAUGCAAUAACUUAUUAUGGACUUAUUCGUACUUUGAAUUAAAAAGGAGUAACAAUUCCAAGUUAGAUUAGAUAUGUUCAUUAUUUUAGUUUUGCUUUAAAAAAUGAUUUAAUAAAUAGACCAUUUCAGUAAGUAGAAUUACUUUCAGUUCGUUUGGUUGGUUCAAUUCAUGGAACAUUGAUUAGAUUAUAGAAUAAUAGCAAAUAAUUAAUAGAAAAAGCAUAGAUUAUAUCAGAGAAGGAAGUUCUUUUCACUUUUGAAGGCAUAUAUCUUUAAGGAGAUGUUUUAUUAUAGAUAUUUCAAAAAUCAAUUGUAUCAGAAUCCAAACUGUUAUAAAUUUGGUUCAAUACAAAUUUUGUUACUAUAUCUCCUAAUGAAUAAAUAUUUAAAGCCUCUGAGAUUGACUUAAUGAAAAAUUCGAAAAAAAAGAAACAUUAGAACAAUAUACAGUUAGAACUUUUACUUGAUAAAACAAUAGAUAUCAGACAAAGAUCAAAUUGUUUAUCUAAAGAUAUAUGA